GUCCAAUGCCCCCUUCCUCUUGCAAUAAGAACUCUGCAACAACUGGCCGAAGAUGAAAAAUAUAGAUAUCCUUUGGCUUUGGAAGCUCUUCUGCAUGACACCUACAUGGAUGAUGUUGUAAGCGGAGCCCAGAAUCUAGAAACUGCCCGUCAAUUACAACUCCAAUUGCGAGAUUCUCUGCAGUCAUGCGGAAUGAAACUUCACAAGUGGUCUUCGAAUUCUAAUCAGUUGUGGAAUAGUUCAGCUUCAUCUGAUGUCGAGCACUCAUUUUCUAUCGAUAAUGACUUAUCAGUUAAAGCGCUGGGCAUCAGCUGGAAGCCAUUCGAAGAUAAGUUUGUUUAUAAGGUCUCAACAGCAGUAAAAUCAUCGUACACUAAGCGCAAAGUUCUCAGCGUGAUAGCUAAAUUAUACAACCAUCUUGGUUUUUUAGCACCAGUCUUGACAAGAGCUAAAAUCCUAUUACAGCGAUUGUGGCAACAAAAACUAGAUUGGGAUGAAGUUCUGCCAAAUCCAAUCAGCGAUGAUUGGAAUGACUUUGUGACAACACUAAAGUGCAUCGAGGAUGUGAAAAUUGAUAGAUUCAUUCUAUCGGACAAAUUUCAACAAAUUGUCCUUCAGGGAUUUGCAGAUGCAUCUGAAGCAGCCUAUGGAGCUGUAGUUUAUCUUCAAUGUUUCACUUCAACACAUAGUGCUAAAGUGACUAUUAUCGCAAGCAAAUCACGUGUAUCACCAAUUCGAGUGAUUUCGAUUCCCCGUCUUGAACUGUGUGCCUGAGUUCUUUUAGCCCAGCUUGUGCAAAAAUUACGUGCAUCUUUACGAUUAGAAAUUAGUGAAACGGUACUUCAUACUGAUUCUACGAUUGCAUUAGCGUGGUUGAAUACACCUGCGAACCACCUGAAGACAUUUAUCGCUAAUCGUGUGUCCAAGGUUCAAACCUUGACAGAAAACUGUCACUGGGCCCACGUGCCGUCAUCUCUUAAUCCUGCCGACCUUGUUUCCCGUGGGUUAAGCCCUCGUGAUAUUCACUAUCAAAAAAUUUGGUGGAAUGGCCCACCAUUUCUGGAACAAGGUGAGUUAUUCAAUGAGCAAACAAGCUCACCCAUGACGAACGAAUAUGACUACUCUUGUGAACUAAAGACAGGUGUUGAUUCUGAUACUCCAGUUUUUAAUGUUUGUAUUUCAACUAACUAUAAGUUAUCUCUUUUAUAUGAUUUAUUAAGUGUAAGUAAUAACUAUGUGAAAAUUCUUCGUAUAUUUAGUUAUGUGUUAAGAUUUGUAAUUAAUGUUAAGCAAUCUAAUUUAAAGGAAUCUGGACCUCUUAGUGUUUCAGAGUUAGACCAAACUGAAAAGAGACUGAUCAGAAUGGUCCAAGAAGAGGUGUUUUUAAAUGAUAUUCAAGGUUUAAAACAACAGAAGGUUGUUCCCCCUAAGAGCAAAUUAAAAAAUCUAAAUCCCUUCCUUGAUAGUGAUAGAAUAUUGAGAGUAGAUGGACGACUGGGUAAUUCAGAUUUACCUUAUGAUGCUAAAUAUCCUGCAAUUUUACCCCAUAAACAUAAAUUGACAAAUCUAAUAAUAGUGCAUUGUCCCAUUAAAAAUCUUCAUACUGGGGCU